AUGACAAAAAGUGGGAAAAGGGUUUGCGCUCAUUCGAGUAUCAUUGAUGGCAAAAGUGCUUCAACAGCACCAAAUGUAAUGAAAGCAAAAAGAAACAACUUUAAAGCGGGGCUUCGGUCCGUGUUCCGAGAUCCGUUUAAGGUCCGUUUCCUGUUCCGGAACAAGGUCCUUUUCCUGUUCCGGAACAGAUUUAUCGUUUGCGGAACGGUCCGUUUUUGUUCCGGAACAAGUUCAUGGUCCCCUUAA